AUGGCUGGCUCCCCGAUUCACGGCUUCCUUACCUCUACUGAAUCCCCUUCGCAAAGCGAUGCCGCAUCAAUUGGGGGCAAAUCGACACGCAGCGUCCGAAGUGCCCUUGAGGAGAUCAGAUAUGAGGUUAUGGUUAAUCAUCUCUAUCAGCAACAGUGUUCGCGCCUAUGGGUCAGUGACGGAAGCGGUGAAAUCGAAGGAGUGGUGCUUCGAAAGUCUCGUGGAAUCUACCUUUCAUGUCCAUCAGCUCUUCGAGACUCACAGUUUGGGGAGGUUUGUGCGGAGCUUAAUGUACAGGUCGCCAUGACGGUGAAUUCCAGAGUCAUCAAAACAUUCUUGGCUUGGGCUCCUGAUGCUACCGACGUUCCUCUCAUGAAUGGCCUACGUGUUCAAAUCCUACCCACGAUUGCUCACCUGCCUCGUGCACGAAAAUAUCAAUUUGCUGCCUUCAUUGCCGCUGAUUCGCUGUUGGUUGUGUGGGACGAUGAUCCUUCAAAUGUAACGAGCAGAGCAGCCUCCAUUGAGUCUGAGUUGAUGGAGCUGGUGUGGCAUACCGGCGAGGCCGGUGAUAAGGAAGACGUUUCCAACGAGAAAAACGGAGCUUCCACAGCCUCUCUAGAGCUCGAGUCCGGAGAGUUACCCAUCCAGGAUCGUCCGACCAACCUGAUGAACACUAUACUGGUCGCAUUUACACUAAUCAUUGUUGUCACAUUACUUGGUCUGGCAUGUCGAUCUUUGGCAACUGAAAUCGCCGUCGAUGGCUCAUACAUACGCCUCGCAUUUCUCUCCUUGGUUCCCGUACAGAUCUUCUUUACCUUGUUCUUCGCCCAAGUUAUUGUUGGUUGCGUGGCACAGUGCCUUGGGCCCAUCCAGCAGAUGCAACUCAACUCAAAAUACUACUCAGCAAAGUGCUCCCCUCGCCUACGUACGUCGUCCUUACCGCACAUUACUAUUCAGUGUCCUGUUUACAAGGAAGGACUUGGCUCCGUAAUUGCACCAACGGUCAAAUCGAUCAAGCGAGCCAUAUCAACGUACGAGCUGCAAGGUGGCACCGCAAACAUGUUCAUCAACGACGAUGGCCUGCAGAUCAUCGAGGAGGAGCAACGGAAGGCACGGAUUGACUUCUACCAGGACCACAAUAUCGGCUGGACGGCUCGUCCAAAACAUGGUAGCGAAGGCUUUAUACGCAAAGGCAAGUUUAAGAAGGCCUCCAACAUGAACUAUGGCUUGAUGCUGUCAUGCAAAGUCGAGGAUAAACUUCAAAGGUAUCACCGCAAUUCGACCUGGACGCCCAGUGACGAGACCGAAGCCUACAACGAAUGCUUGCGAGAAGUGCUGGACGAAACUCCACGUGCCUGGGCGGAUGGUAACAUCCGCGUCGGGGACUAUAUCCUAUUGAUCGACAGCGACACCAGGGUACCAGCAGACUGCUUGCUCGACGCUGUGAGCGAGAUGGAACAAUCUCCGAAUGUUGGAAUCAUGCAAUUUGCAUCCGGCGUAAUGCAGGUUGUGCAUACCUUUUUCGAAAACGGCAUCACCUUCUUCACCAACCUCAUCUACACCGCCAUCGAAUACACGGUCGCUAACGGUGACGUGGCUCCCUUUGUAGGGCACAAUGCCAUUCUUCGUUGGAGUGCGAUUCAGCAGGUCUCCUACGUCGAUGAAGACGGCUACGAGAAAUUUUGGUCCGAGUCACAUGUCAGCGAAGACUUUGACAUGUCCUUGCGACUUCAGUGCGACGGCUACAUCAUCAGGCUGGCGUCAUGGGCCCACGGAGGAUUCAAGGAGGGCGUCAGCCUCACCGUGUACGACGAGCUGGCCCGAUGGGAAAAGUAUGCGUACGGAUGCAACGAGCUUCUCUUCCAUCCCAUGAGGAAAUGGAUCUACAAAGGGCCCUUCACAGAGCUCUUCCGGCGGUUCCUCUUCUCCAACAUCCGGUUCACUUCCAAAAUCACGAUUGUCAGCUAUAUUGGCACGUAUUAUGCCAUUGGCGCGGCCUGGAUCAUGACGCUCGCCAACUACUUCGCCAUCGGCUGGUUCAACGGCUACUUGGACAAAUACUAUAUUGACAGCUGGAAAGUCUGGUUUAGCAUCGUGAUUGUGUUCAACGGCCUUGGAAACAUCGCCCUCGCGAUCAUGCGGUACCGCAUCGGUCAGAAAUCCUUCGUCCCGGCCUUGCUGGAGAACUUCAAGUGGAUCGUCAUGCUCUCCAUCUUCCUGGGCGGGCUGUCGCUGCACGUCUCGCAAGCCCUGCUGGCGCACAUGUUCGAGAUCGACAUGACUUGGGGCGCCACCUCCAAGGAAGCCGAGUUCUCGAACUUCUUCAUCGAGGUCCCCAAGGUGGUGAGGAAGUUCAAGUUCAGCAUCGCCUUUGCCCUCGUCGGCAUCGUCGGCAUGGUCGUCCUGGCCACCAACCCCGGAGGCUACAUUCCGUUUGACUGGCUGAUUAAGGACUUUAUCGCGAUUCUGCCCAUGAGCACAGUCACCGCGAGCCACCUUCUAUUGCCGAUUGUGUUGAAUCCAGCGCUGAUGACUUUUUCGUGGUGA